GGACGAAGCCGCGGAGCAGGAGAGAGACGUGGUAAUGUGCGUGCAUGCGCUCCUUGUUUAGCGCUUUGGGUGUAUCUGGGGGCUGUAGGGUUCGAGGUUGUUCUGCCAUCGCUGCUCGGGCUUGUGGAAUCGGGAUCGAAAAGAGAAUCGCAGGAAGGACCACAGGCAGACAGCGAGGGUGAAGGAUUGGCGAACAGCAUGGGUGCCGACCUGGUUCCCCGGCCCGAGAAGCUCCCCGAGCUCACUCGGAUGCACAGCAUGACAGAUCGAGUGAAGGGAUCCAUCGCCGAGUACCGCAACCAGGUCAUCCUGCUGUUGUCCCGGUAUGUGUCGAACGGGAAGCACACGCUGCAGCCGCACGAGCUGAAGAACGAGUUGGAGCGUGUGGCGGAGCUGGAGUGCUUCGCGGGUACGCAGAUCAAGGACAGCGCGUUUGCCAAAAUUCUCCGUGCGACUCAGGAGGCUGUCGUCAUUCCUCCGUAUAUCGCGCUGGCGGUGCGGCCACGUGUCGCGGAGUGGCAGUAUCUUCGUGUGAACGCGUUCGAAAUGACAGUCGAAGAGCUCAGCCCGUCCGAGUACUUGGAGUUCAAGGAGCGUCUGAAGGCGGCUGACGAUGAGGCGCCGCCAAUUUGCAGCGACUUCGCCACGCUGGAGAUCGACAUGGAGCCGUUCAAUGCGAGUUUCCCGAGGUUGACCCGCCCAUCGUCCAUCGGCGACGGCGUGUCGUACCUGAACAAGCACCUCUCAUCGCGGAUGUUCAAGGAGGCCGGCGGGUUGCAGCCGCUGCUGGACUUCCUGCGCACUCACAAGUGCGUGGGCGAGACGCUCAUGCUCAAUGCGCGCAUCGACACUCUCGAGAAACUCCGCAGCAAUCUCGCCAAGGCGGAGGAGUUCCUCGGCGCGCUUCCCGCCGACACGCCGGUCGGGAGUGUGGCCACCCGAUUGCAGGAGCUGGGCUUCGAGCGCGGGUGGGGCGACACCGCCGGACGCAUCAAGGACAUGGUGGACAUGCUGUCGGACCUGAUGCAGGCGCCUGACGCCGACCUGCUGGAGAAGUUUCUCGGGCGCAUCCCCGUCAUUUUCAACGUGGCGAUCAUGUCGCCUCACGGCUACUUCGGGCAGGCGAACGUCCUAGGCCUCCCCGACACCGGCGGGCAGGUGGUGUACAUCUUGGACCAGGUCAAGGCGCUCGAACGGGACCUCCUCCAUCACAGCAAACAGCAGGGGCUCAACUUCAAACCUCAGAUCAUCGUGCUGACGAGACUGAUCCCGGACGCCCACGGAACGUCCUGCAAUCAGAGGAUCGAGCAUAUCGACGGCACGCAGUACUCGAAGAUCCUCCGCGUGCCGUUCAAGAAUCCCAAGGACGGGAGCGUGCUGCGCAAGUGGGUGUCCCGCUUCGACGUUUGGCCGUACAUGGAGCAGUUCACGGAGGACUCGGUGCACGAGCUGCGCGCCGAGUUCGGCGGCAAUCCCGACCUCAUCAUCGGCAACUAUAGCGACGGGAAUUUGGUGGCGGUGCUGCUGGCGCACCGGCUGAAGGUGACGCACUGCACGAUCGCCCACGCGCUGGAGAAGACCAAGUACCCCAACUCCGACCUGAACUGGAAGGAGCUGGACGAGAAGUACCACUUCUCCUGCCAGUUCACCGCGGACCUGAUCGCCAUGAACCACGCCGACUUCAUCAUCACAAGCACGUACCAGGAGAUAGCAGGGCGGGCGGACGCCGUGGGACAGUACGAGUCGCACCAGGCGUACACCAUGCCCGGCCUGUACCGCGUUGUAAACGGAAUCGACGUGUUCGACCCCAAGUUCAAUAUCGUCUCCCCCGGUGCGGACGCGGACACGUACUACCCGUACUUCAUCAAGGAGAAGAGGCUGACGGCGUUCCACCCGGAGAUCGAGGAGCUGCUGUACGGGCAGAAGGAGGACGUCAGGCUCUGCCGCGGAGUCCUCCAGGACAGGAGCAAGCCCAUCAUCUUCACGAUGGCGAGGCUGGACAAGGUGAAGAACCUCACCGGACUGGCGGAGAUGUACGGCAAAAGCGCGCGCUUGCGCAAGCUGGUCAACCUGGUCAUCGUCGGAGGGUACAUCGACCCGUCUCUGUCCAUGGACAGGGAGGAGGUCCACCAGAUCAACCAGUUGCAUGCCAUCAUCGACAAGUACGCGCUGGACAAGGGCGACAUGCGCUGGAUCGUGGCGCAGAAGCACCGCAUGCGCAACGGGGAGAUGUACCGCUACAUCGCCGACACCAGGGGCGCUUUCAUCCAGCCGGCGUUCUACGAGGCCUUCGGUCUCACGGUCGUCGAGGCCAUGACCUCGGGGCUGCCGACGUUCGCCACCUGUCACGGCGGCCCCGCAGAGGUCAUCAAGCACGGCGUGUCGGGCUACCACAUCGAUAUGUACCGACCCGACGAGGUGGCAGACUUGAUAGCCGACUUCUUCGAGAGGUGCAAGACGGACCCCGGCGAGUGGGACGGUCUGUCCAAGGCGGGACUGGAGCGGAUAUACAGCAAGUUCACGUGGGAGAUCUACGCGGAGAGACUGAUGACUCUCUCGCGGGUGUACACCUUUUGGAAGUUUGUGUCCAACCUGGAGAGGAGGGAGGCGAGGAGAUACAUAGAGAUGUUCUAUAACCUCAAGUAUAGACAGUGCGUGAAGACGGUGCCGCUCGCAGUCGAGUGAUGGAUGCACAUGGGAUUUUCGUGCGAUCGCACGUGCGUAGAGUAUGGGCGGCGACGGAGUUUCAUUAGCUACAAGGGAGGUGAGCAGAAUAGGCGCGGGGAGGGGGAGAGAGGGGGGGGAAAGAGAGGAGGGAUACAAGGAGUCGUCAAGACGGUGCCGCUCGCAGUCGAGUGACGGAUGGAUAUGGGAUUUUCGUGCUAUCGCGCGUGUGUAGAGUAUGACCGGCGACGGAGUUCUAUUAGCUACGAGGUAGGUGAGCAGAAUAGGCCGGGGGGGGAGGAAGCGGGGGGAAGAGAGAGAUACAAGGAGUCGUCAAGACGGUGCCGCUCGCAGUCGAGUGACGGAUCGGAAAGGAUAUUUGUGCUAUCGCGCGUGCGUAGCGUAUGGGCGGCGACGGAGUUCCAUUAGCUACAAGGUAGGCGAGCAGAAUAGGCGCGGGGGGAAGAGAGAGAGAGAAAGAGAGAGAGAGAGAGAGAGAGAGAGAGAGAGAGAGAGAGAGAGAGAGAGAGAGAGAGAGAGACGGUGCCGCUGGGAGUUGAGUGAGGGAUGUCAUGAAUUGAUUGGUGGGAACGCACGGUGUCGAACGUGGCGGUGAUGGACUCUCAUUAGCUACAAGGNGAGAGAGAGAGAGAGAGAGAGAGAGAGAGAGAGAGAGAGAGAGAGAGAGAGAGAGAGAGAGAGAACCUCCCCAUCAAUGGUGGGAUCUUGCGUGCGUCGACUUCAAGAUGAGAGAGGUUGCUUCGUGGAUUCGAGACGUUCUUUUUUUUUUUUUUUUUUUUUUGAUUCGAGACGUUUUCUUUACAAGAAACCUGAGCAUUUUUUUUUUCUGUUCUUUUUUUUUUCCUUAUAAAGGUACUUUCUCCCAAUCACCUCACACACUACCUACCUACCACUACUCCUACUCCUAAUUGUAGGCAUACGGGGAACCCCGUAGCAGCCAGAACCGUGUUCACGAGAGUACAUGCGGGGCCUGCUCCCGACCUGCAGGAGGCUGCUUGGAGAUCUGCUCAGAAUUCAGGAUUAGAGUGGUCCAUGUUUUCACUCUUUUUGCUGAUUUGCGAUGUUUUCUUCACCAUAGAUCUGAGUUUUUCUGUCCUAAAAAAUGGCGAGAUAAUCCGCGAGAACGUUUUCUUGGCAACUUGAAAGAAGAUGGGAAAGGAAUUACAAGGAAAUAGCGCGAAGCUUAUCUUCUUGGUCAUCGCAAUCAUCACCAUCAACACCACUUGGGAGUCUUUUUCUGCGUCAACGCGUCCCUUAACUUGAG